AUACGUCGAUAUCUUUGGAUGCUCUUAACUCCGAGGACGGAAUUGCAGGCUAUAAGAGUGGGCAGUGAGAUGAACUAUCACGCCCCAGUAUGCAAGUAAAAGUUAGAAUCCUUUAGCUAUCCGCCAUUUCCUCAUCUAUUUGGUCAUCUAUUUGGUCACCUAUUCCCUCAUAUCUCGGCGUUCUCGAUCUCAGCCUAUCAUGUCUGCCACACCUAGGCCCUUCUGUUCCGUGAUCAUCAUAGGCGGCGGCUUCUCUGGGGUUGCCAUCGCCUGUCAACUGAAACGAAACUUUGAUCUAGAUGAUUACUGCAUCUACGACCGAAUGGAUGGUAUUGGAGGAACCUGGAGAGCCAACACCUACCCAGGAUGCGCCGUCGACAUCCCUGGCGUCUGCUAUAGUCUCUCCUUUGCCCCCAGCUCGGAUUUUAGCCAGUGGUUUCCACCUCAAGCCGAGAUAUUGACGUACUUGAUGAAGGUUGCCCAGUCCUAUGGCGUGGAUGAUCACUUUGUCGGCUACACCGAAUGGCAGGGCGCCUACUGGCAGGAUACAACCCAUACCUGGCGGGUGCAGAUGAGGGAUCUACGGACAGGAGAGCAGUUCACACGCGAGUGUCGCAUCCUCAUCUCGGCCGUGGGUGGUCUUGUCGACCCUCAUCCAUUCAAUGCACCGGGCAUCGGGACCUUUCGGGGAGAGGUUAUCCACACAUCUCGGUGGAAGUCUGAUAUCAAUCUGGAAGACAAGCACGUCGCUGUGAUUGGAAAUGGAGCAUCUGCAAUACAGUUGAUGCCCGCUAUUGCCGGCAAGGCCAAAUUCAUCACACAGUUCAUGAGGACGCCUCAUCACAUAGUACCCAGCUGCAAUUACGAUAUUUCUCCGUUAGCCCGAGCGUUGCUGCGAUACAUACCUGGUCUUCUCUUUCUGCUGCGCCAACUUAUGCUGCUAUACAUGGAGAGCGCGUUCCAGCAGUUCAGCACGAGCGAGGACGGAAUUCAAGACCGGAUCCAGUCGGCAAAAUCGAGCUUCGAUUAUGUGCAGGAAACUGCACCAGCUAAGUACUGGGCACACUUGAUACCGACAUAUGAGUUUGGAUGCAAAAGGCGCGUAUUCGACCGCUCGUAUACUGCAACCCUCCAUCGGGAUGACGUCCGCCUGACAAAUGACCCUAUCUUGGCGGUGCAGCCCAAUUCCAUUGUGACAAGGUCUGGUGAAACAAUUCCUGCCGAUAUCAUUCUGCUAGCAACAGGAUUUUCCCUCACUCAGUUUGACGUCACCCUGCGAGGCCGAGGAGGCAAGACUCGUCAGCAGCAUUGGGAUGAAUACGGAAGCAAAGCAACCUACCAGUCGGUGGCGAUGCAUGGCUUCCCCAAUUUCUUCUAUGUUCUGGGACCGAACUCAGGGCGAGCGCAUACAUCUACCUUGGUAUCAAUUGAAAGGUUGAGUCCACCCUCAAUCCCCCCAAUUAGUGCACCUGCGUGGUGAUCCCCGAUCCGAACCUAGACCAGAUGGCUGACGGGUCAGUUAUGUGGAUCUUAUCAUCUCUGUCAUCAGCCCAAUCCUUCGGGG